GAGUUACGCAGACGCUUAUCCUGGAUGGAUGCUUCACAGCGUGGGCGCGCACGUCUCCCCCUGAUUAUGAAUGCGGGAUGUGAAUAGUGGUAUCGGGCUGCGACCAAGUGGACUGGACCUAAAGUGGUGCUGAUGCCAGAAGCAGCCGGUUCGGUAAUGGUAGAGACGCGCUACAGCAGAACAUUGUGUGGCUAGCUUAUAACUGAUCAGCAGAGCUCUAAUGGCUACCGAGGCUGCUUUAGCCAGUGCCCAGGCACUAAUCAAUUACUACUGCCAGGAAAAGUACUUUCAUCAUGUUCAGAUGUGCGCUAAUGAGGGGCUCAAGGAUUAUGGUAAUGAUCCGGUCUUUCUUUUUUUCCGGGCCUUUGGAAUGCUAAUGGAAGAUGAGGUGCAAGAGUCCAUUCGGGAAUUGGAGGUGAUUAAAGACAAGACGGAUAUUUCACUGUGCUCUCUUAUGGCAUUAAUAUAUGCUCACAAGAAAAGUUCCCAUCCAGACAGAGAAGCAAUUCAGGAAUUAGAUACAAAGAUGAAGGAACUUCGGAAGACGGCAGGACACAGAGCACUGUAUUUUGCUGGGUUAUUUCUGUGGCACGUGGGUCGCCAUGACAAAGCCCGGGAAUAUAUUGACAGGAUGAUCAAAAUAUCCAACGGCAGUAAAGAAGGUUUGGUUCUGAAAGCAUGGCUUGAUCUGACCUGUGGGAGAGAAGCUUAUGCUAAAAAGGCUCUGAAGUACCUAGAGGAAGGUCUGGGAGAUGGAACAGAUGUAUUUGCUAUGCUGGGAAAGGCCCACUAUCUUGAGAUGCGGCAGAAUUACUCCGGAGCCUUGGAAGUCGUAAACAGAAUCCUAGUCAACUGCCCAGGAUUUAUCCCUGCUCUAAUUAAGAAAAUGAAGCUGCAGUUGGCAUUGCAAGACUGGGAACAGACUGUAGAGACAGCUCUGAGGCUGCUGCAGAAGGAUGGUCAUAACCUUGAAGCUCUUCGAAUGUUGGCCCUUCACUAUUUAUGUAGAGAAGGAAAUGUGCAUGAGGCCUCUACUAAGCUUGGAGAUCUGAUUAGAGCUUUGGAUCAGUUUGAACCUCAAAACGCUCACCUGUUUUAUAACAUGUCACUAGCAUUUAGCAGAAUGUGUGAACGUAAUCCACUUAUACUUCAGCAAACGCAGAUAUUAGUGGAACGAGCAGUGAACAUGGCCACUAAUGAUGCAGAAAUUGCCACUGAGCUUGGCUAUCAGUUCAUAUUACAAGGCAAAAUAAGAGAAGCUUUAAAAUGGUACAAAACUGCAAUGAGCUUAGAUGAGACCAGCGUCUCUGCAUUAACUGGGAUUAUUCGUUGCCAGCUUAUAGAGGGGCACCUGCAGGAUGCAGACCAGCAGUUGGAAUUUCUGAUGGAAAUUCAGCAAUCUAUUGGAAAAUCUGGGGAAUUAUCAUACUUGCGUGCAGUUCUAGCUAUGAAAAAGCAGAAGAAACAGGAAGAGGUGAUUCACUUACUAAAUGAUGUGCUGGACACCCACUUCUCCUCAUUACAUGGAUUACCCCUUGGCAUCCAGUAUUUUGAAAAGCUAAACCCAGAUUUUUUGCUUGAAAUUGUAAGGGAAUACCUCAGUUUUUGUCCAACUCAGCCCUCGGCUCCAGGCCAGCCUGUGUCCCCGUUAUUAAGACACUGUGCCUCCGUGCUUGAAGCAAUAAUGAAGACAGCCCCUGGUCUCCAUCAAGCCGCAUUUCUUAUUGCAAAAGUGAAAUAUUUGUCUGGUGAUAUUGAGGCAGCUCAGAGUAGCCUUCAGCAUUGCCUUGAUCAGAACCCUUCCUACGCUGAUGCUCACCUUCUCAUGUCUCAGAUCUACCUGUUCCAGGACAAUUUAAAGCUGUGUUCCCAGUCUUUGGAGAUUUGUUUAAGUUACAGCUUUGAGAUACGAGACUAUCCACUGUAUAAUCUAAUAAAAGCUCAGACUCAGAAGCGCAUGGGAGAAGUACAAGAAGCCAUUAAGACUCUGCAGAUUGCAAUGAGUUUACCCGGAAUGAGACGAGCUGGAACCAGUGUAAAAUCAAAAGGAAAAAAACCUGAAGUCAGUCCAAGUGACCGGGUGUCCAUUUUCCUCGAGCUGGUUGAUGCACAUCGCUUGAAUGGAGAACAACAUGAAGCUGCAAAAGUGUUACAAGAUGCUAUCAAUGAAUUUUCUGGAACCCCAGAAGAAUUGCGCCUUAUGAUCGCCAAUGCUGAACUUUCGCUGAUGCAUGGUGAUGUUGAACAAGCUUUGUCAAUGCUUAGAAACGUCUCCCCCGAACAACCCUACUUUGUUCAAGCCAAACAGAAAAUGGCAGAGAUUUAUCUUAAGCACAGAAAGGAUAAGAAGCUCUUUGUCAGCUGUUACAGAGACUUGGUGGAUAAACUUCCUAGUUCCCAUACGUACCUCCUCCUGGGAGAUGCCUAUAUGAACAUUCAAGAGCCGGAAAAAGCUAUUGAUGUUUAUGAGCAAGCGUUAAAGAAGAACCCCAAAGACGGAACACUGGCUAUUAAAAUUGGAAAAGCUUUAAUAAAGACCCACAACUACUCUAAGGUAUUUGUGCUCAAGGGUGGAAGUGCAUCCUCCACAGUUCUUUGGUGUGGUCCUGCUAUCGUGCUGCGUUUAUACCUUAGCGUUGUUAAUUCUCAAGAACAGAUCAACAGGAAGAUAAGUACUAUUCAUUCAACGCCGUAUUUUUCUCGAGAGUGUUUGCUUCUUGCUCCUUAUGUAUGUUUUUGUUCUCAAACAGUCAAUGAACUCUCUUCACUCGUGGAUGACAGCCGCUACCAUGUGCUGCUGGCAAAAAUCUAUAGCAAGAUGGAAAAGAUUGAUCAAUCAAUAGUUUCCCUGCAAAGGGCCCGUGAGUUGCAGGCCAGAGUGCUGAAAAGAACUCAGAUGGAACAGCCAGAUGCUGUACCAGCUCAAAAGGCUUUGGCAGCUGAGAUCUGUGCAGAGAUUGCCAAGCAUUCCACAGUCCAGCGAGACUACGAGAAGGCAAUCAAAUUUUACAAAGAAGCUCUUGUUUACUGCGAAACAGACAAUAGGGUAAUGCUGGAACUUGCACAUCUGUAUCUCGCCCAAGAUGACACAGAAUCCUGCCAACAACAAUGUGCACUGCUAUUAAAAAUUGAUCAAGAUAAUGAAGCCGCAACAAUGAUGAUGGCGGAUCUGAUGUUCAGAAAGCAGGACUAUGAGCAGGCUGUGUUCCACUUCCAGCAGCUUUUGGAGCGCAAACCAGAUAAUUAUGCUACACUUUCUCGCUUGAUUGACCUUUUGAGGCGGGCAGGGAAACUGGAAGAAAUACCAAAGUUUCUUGAGCUGGCAGAGAAGAAUUCAUCAAGAGCAAAGUUGGAACCUGGAUUUCAUUACUGUAAAGGACUCUACCUAUGGUAUACUGGUGAUCCUAAUGAUGCCCUUCGGCAUUUUAAUAAGGCACGUAAAGACAGUGACUGGGGACAAAACGCAAUUUACAACAUGAUUGAAAUCUGUUUGAAUCCAGAUAACGAAACUGUUGGUGGAGAAGUAUUUGACAAUCUUGACGGUGAUGUAGGGAACUCUACAGAAAAGCAAGAGUCUGUUCAACUGGCUGUUAGAACUGCAGAGAAGCUCCUCAAGGAACUGAAACCUCAGACUCUACAAGGUCACAUACAGCUGAGAAUUAUGGAGAAUUACUGCUUAAUGGCAACUAAGCAAAAGGCAAAUGUUGAGCGUGCUCUGAAUACAUUCACUGAGGUGGCAACUGCAGAAAAGGACCACAUUCCAGCAGUUUUGGGCAUGGCGACUGCAUACAUGAUCUUGAAACAGACUCCAAAGGCCAGAAAUCAGUUGAAACGAAUUUCCAAAAUGAACUGGAAUCCAAUAGAUGCAGAAGAGUUUGAGAAAGGUUGGCUGCUCCUAGCAGACAUUUAUAUUCAAUCGGGAAAGUACGACAUGGCCGGCGAGCUUCUGAAAAGAUGCCUAAGACAUAACAGGGCAUGCUGUAAAGCUUAUGAAUAUACAGGCUACAUCAUGGAGAAAGAACAAGCAUAUAAAGACGCCGCCAGCAACUAUGAGAUGGCCUGGAAAUAUGGAAACCAAACCAGCCCGACUGUGGGAUAUAAAUUGGCUUUUAAUUACCUUAAAGCUAAGAGAUAUGUGGAUGCAAUUGAUGUGUGUCACAAGGUAUUGGAACUUCAUCCGAAUUAUCCUAAAAUCAGGAAAGACAUACUUGACAAGUCCAGAGCAGCCCUGAGGGCCUAAAGAAAUAAAGGACUAACGAUAAAAGGAAUGAACAUAUUUAUUAACUAAAAUAAUUUAUUCUAGGAAAAUUAUCUUAGUACAGGUAUGGGACCUGUUCUCCAGAAUAUUCGGGACCUGGGGUUUUCCAGAUAAUGGAUCUUUCCGUAAUUUGGAUCUCCAUAUGUCAAGUCUACUAGAAAAUCAUGUAAACAUUGAAUAAACCCAAUAGGUUGGUUUUGCCUCCAAUAAGGAUUAAUUAUAUCUUAGUUGGGAUCAAGUACAAGGUACAAGAAAAAGGAAAUAAUUUUUAAGAAUUUGGUUAAAAUGUAGUCUGACAGAGAUGACCUUUCCGUAAUUCGGAACUUUAUGGAUAACGGGUUUCUGGAUAACGGAUCCCAUACCUGUAUUUCGUAUUUUUAUAAUUCUAUAUACUGCUGUGCAUUAUGUGGUGUCACUGGUAUAAAGUUGGUUGUUCUGGA